AAAAAAAAUAAGAUAUCAGCGCAAGAUGCGGACUUUUAUUAUACUUUUCUAUAUUUCCGGUUCCUAUGUUUCCCAUGAUGCAGUACUGUUAGGUAAAUUCAAACAGUAAAAAUGGAAGAGCGAUCGAGGAAGGGAGAGUCUGAGAGUGCAAACGUGACUGUGAUCAAAUACAGCAACGCAGCAGAAUGUUCCAAUAUCAGACUUAAUCAGAUCAAUCAAUGCACAACUGUGGAAGAAGAGUUAAAGUUUCCAUCAGAUGGAGAGACGGAAAGGAACAUUUUGUGCCAUGUCGAUGAUGCCGAGUCCUCCCAUGAGUCUAAGGUGGAAAAUGUGUGUAUGUUGGAUAGCUUUAGUAAGAUGGAGUCUUUUAAUACGUCAGAUGAAAAAGAAAAUAGAAAUUGCCCUACAGAUUCAAGAACAGGAUAUAGAGGUGAUUUAAGUUGCCAGCAGACAGACACUUUGGCCUGUGCUUCUGGCUCACAGAGGGAUUGUGAAUCUUUUGCUGUGGCUGCACACCAUAUUGAUGAUGAGGAAAUAUUCAGGAGAGCAAGAGAGGAGGGACAAGUGACUGUUGUCUUCCCAGGGCGUAUCACACAGGAUGGUUGCUGUAGACUUGUUUGUGAGCUUCUUAAGUGUGUCCUUUACCAGUGUCAACAGCUGCCCAUGACAUAUGACCAAAUGGUGUUCCUCCAGAAACAACAGCAUAAUUCCACACAGACAGAAGACAUGGUGAACCAUCGGCCUGUGAAGACAUCAGGGGGCUUGGAUUGGCGCCGGUGCCAGCGGACGCUGCAGCAGCUGGACGAGGUGCUGGCCCACCUGGAGACACUGUUCUCUCUUAGCCAUGUUCCCCGUGUGCUCUUUAUGCUAGGGGGCUCUACCAUCAUCCCCAAUGAGCUGUACGAGGUUAACUUGGAAGCGGUGGCUGUCGGGGCUGGGGAAAACAGUGUAAGGACUUCAUCUUGUCUAAGACAGCUUUUCCGCACGCUAAUUGUGGCCGACCUGCUGUCAGAUGCAAAGUCUGUUCGUCUCCUGAGCACCACAGUCAUGGCUCUGGGUCACCGGGAUUGUGGAGUGACUGGAUUUAAACCCAAAAUAGAUUUUAGGGUUCCCACAAAGGUGAAAAGAAAGGUCAUCUCCUUAGCCAGUAAUUUGUCCCUCACUGGAGAGGCACACAAAUGUAAUGGAGACCUGAAGGACUAUAUUUGGUUUCAGGCCCCUGUCACUGUCAAAGGUUUCUGUAAAUAAUAAAAUGACCAGACAAUGAAAUGUCAAAGAGAGGGAAUGUUGUAAUACAAUUCACUCCAUUCUCAGGGAUCACUGUAUUUCUGACCCAAAGGGAUAUUGGCUGUCUUAUUAUUAUGCUUAAUUCCGGAAUUCUGUGUGAAUUUUAGUGUUUUAAAAACCUCAGAUUGUUUAUGCAAAGUUUACAUUUACAUUAUCAUCAGAUGAUCCACCUUGCAGCUUUAUUAUACAGUGCUUUUCUAAUGUUUAACAACCUAAUGAGUUGCAGGUUUACUUCAAGUAGAAGUGACCCAGGACCUGAAAUGUUACUGUGAUGAUUAUGCUGCUCUUUUACCAUUUGCACCAUUGAGCAAGGAAGUUAUUCCCUGGUUGGGGCAACAAACUCAAGUCAUUAUGAAUUAAAACUAACUGCUGGAAGGCAGCUUCUGUAAACUGGUGAAUGUAUAUGUUAGUUUUUACCCAUUGAGAAAUCAAUUAAUUGUGUUUUUUACACUUUAACAAAAUCAGUACUGUGUGUGUGUGUGUGUGUGUGUGUGUGUGU